AUGGACGUCCAAGAAAACCAAGCACUAAAUCGCCGUUCGGCAAUCCAAGCAACUUACGGCCAAGCUGAACUACUCACAGGCACAUCCUCUUAUGCGUGUGGGCACAGAUUUAGCUGGAUCCUUGACUACGUCUUCAAGCGUACCGAACGUCGCUCUCCUAGUCUUCAUUCGUGCCCAAAAUGUGCUAUCAGCCCUACCUGUCUCGUAUGUCUUGAACAUUUUGAUGCCAAAGCGACAGAUGCAUGUCCAAAGUGCGAUUGCUUUUUCGAUAAGGCUAUCCUCACAGACCGCUGCGAGAAGCUUAGGCAGGUGAACAUUAGGGUCAUGGAGCAUAAGCCUACCACGUUUAUAAAACUUCGGCUGCAGGCUGAAAGGGAGAGGCUUAGGAUAAUGUACAAUGAGGAGCAUUAA